AAACAAGAAUGAGGGUGAAUGUCCGGAGGCGAGCGACAUGCCCUCGUGGUAAGCAACACCAGGUUCAGAGGCACCGAAGUUCAGUAUAAGCGCGGAUCAAGUUCCCUCCCGGCAUCAAGGUAUCCGGCCAAGAGAUUCAAGUCCGACAGACCAGCAGCCUACCGACCAAACUUCAGCUUGAGUCGCCGUAGCCGAUGCCCGAGGUGCUUCAGGUCUUCUCAUGGCGGAGAUGAAUGUCCGGCUCUCAAGAGAAACUGCAACUCUUGCGGUCAACGUGGUCACUUCGCAGCGGCUUGUCGAAUGGACCGUGUUAAUACAGUGAAAGAUGAGCGCCCUGGAACUCCUACGAAUGAGGAUCGUAAAGAGCAGCAUAUCAAUGCCUUGUCCCUGCAGGAUGUACUGGUAAAUUGUCGCAUUGGCUCAUCUAGUCCAAUCCAAUUCCUGAUUGAUUCUGGGGCGGAUGUGAACGUCGUAGGCGGUGAAGAUUGGAAUAAUCUUGCGAAACAGUUUGAGCUGGGCACUGCUUCGCUUGUUCAAAGUUCAACUCCACGGAGCGUUGGUCUGCGAGCAUAUGCAACAAAUAAACCCAUGGUAGUAGAGUGCAGUUUCAGUGCUACAGUAGAGGCAGUUGGAUACAGUGGCAAGAAAGCAGUUACGGCAGAUUUUCUCGUCGUCAGGGAAGGCCAGAGAUCGUUGCUAGGAAGAGCUACAGCCAGCGACAUGGGUCUGCUUCAAGUCGGAGAAACGGUGAACACCUGUGAGGAAUCUUCAGUGUUCCCCAAAAUGCCUGGCGUCAAAAUAAGGUUCAGCAUUGAUAAUUCUGUUCCACCGGUGCGUAAUGCAUAUUAUAAUAUCCCAGCGGCUUAUCGCGAAGAAGCUCGGCGGCGACUGGAGCAAAUGGAGGCAAGGGGUAUUAUCGAAAAGGUCACAACGGCACCCCAGUGGAUUAGUGGAAUGUCGGCGGUGCCUAAGGGCAAAGAUAGCUUCCGCUUGGUGGUGAACAUGAGGGCACCAAACAAAGCCAUCAAGCGGGAGUAUUUCCGGUUACCGCUGAUCGAUGAGAUGAAGGUGAAGUUGCAUGGAGCAAAAUUUUUCACCAAACUUGAUCUGUCCGACGCGUUUUAUCAUCUCGAACUGAGUGAAGAGUCACGCGAUCUAACUACGUUCAUAUCGGAGACCGGGAUGUAUCGCUUCACUCGUUUGAUGUUUGGUGUCAAUUGUGCACCAGAAGUGUUUCAGCGUGAGAUGACGCGUAUUUUGAAAGACGUGAAGAACAAGGUCGUAUACAUCGAUGAUGUUCUAUUGUUUGCAGAAACAGUUGAAGAGUUGAGACAAAUAGUUGCCCAAGUUUUGCAAAUUCUAAGAUCAAACAAUCUUACGCUCAAUGCUUCCAAAUGCGAGUACGAUCGAACGCGAAUCAACUUUCUGGGACACGAACUCAGCGAAAAAGGAUUCAACAUAGAAGCGUCGAAGGUCAAAGAUGUGCAGAAGUUUCGACAUCCAUCUACCUCGUCUGAACUUCGGAGUUUCCUUGGGCUUGCUUCAUUUGUAAGCCCCUACAUCAGAAACUUUGCGGAGAUAUCUGCACCUUUGUGGUCAGUGGUGACAGCGCAGAAGUGGAGCUGGGGUGUAGAACAGGAAAGUGCUUUCGAGCUCGUGAAGCAACGCAUCAUAGAUUCGACGAUAUCGUUGGGAUUCUUCUCUGAGUCGGACAGGACUAUCCUAUACACGGAUGCAUCUCCAAGUGCAUUGGGUGCCGUGUUGGUGCAGGAGAAUUGCCAAGGGAUUCCACGUAUUAUAAGCUUUGCCUCAAAGUCACUGACGACUACUGCGAAAAAGUACGCGCAGAAUCAGCGGGAAGCGUUGAGUGCAGUAUGGGCAGUGGAGCAUUUCUCCUACUUUUUGCUAGGCAGACACUUUACGCUCCGUACAGACGCCCAAGGGAUGACAUUUAUCUUAAACAGAACCCGUGAAGAGUCAAAGCGAGCCUUAACGAGAGCAGAUGGUUGGGCUCUACGCCUCAGCCCAUAUGAUUACCAAGUCGAGUACAUCAGAGGACAUGACAACAUUGCGGAUUCAUCGUCGCGACUGUAUUGUGGUGAUGAUGACGCGUUUGAGGAGGAUAUUAGUCCAUGGGAAGUUUGCCGUCUGGAACUGAACAGCGUCGAGUUCCUCACUGAAGAGGAAAUUCGUGAAUCCACCGAAAAUGAUGUCACUCUUAUGCAGGUGGCUCAGGCAUUGGAGGAACAUAAAUGGCCAAAAAGUUUAAUGAAGUUCAAGUCUGUUGCGGAAAAUCUUGUCUUCACUAAUGGAAUUUUACUGAAGAAUGGUUGCCCCGUCAUCCCUCAACAGCUUCAAGAAAAAGCAUUGGGAAUAGCACACCAGGGCCAUCCACUUGACGCUAAGCUUAAGAGCAUUCUUCGUAGUCGAGUCUGGUGGCCAGGAAUGAGCAGUGAUGCAGAGAAAUGGGUGAAAUCGUGCGCCAUUUGUGCCGCAAAUGGUCGUCCGGAAAGACCACCUCCGAUGCGGCGAGCUUUUGCCCCAAAAGGAGUAUGGGAAACUAUUGCUCUUGACUUUAAUGGGCCGUAUCAAAAACUAGGGGGCAUUUUGAUACUGGUUAUUAUCGAUCUCAGGUCUAGGUAUGCGAUAGCUCGUCCCGUGAAAUCAACCAAGUUUGAACACACCAAAGCGGUACUUGAUGAAGUUUUUGAGAGGGAGGGUUUCCCAAAGGCUAUGAAAUCCGAUAAUGGUCCACCCUUCAACGGGCAAGAUUAUGCGGAAUUUUGCUCUGAACGAGGCAUCCAAACAAUCUUUUCGACCCCAUUCUACCCUCAGCAGAAUGGUUUGGUGGAGGGUUUUAUGAAGCUUGUGAAUAAAGCUAUGUGUACCGCACUGUCCACGGGAGCAAGCUACAAGGAAGAAUUGCAAGCUGCAGUCCAAUCCUACAAUGCGGCAGAUCAUAGCAUCACAAAAUUGCCUCCAGAAGAGGUAUUGACUGGCCGUAAAAUAAAGCGUGGACUGCCACUACUGAAUUUUGGCAAAGCUGAAUAUGAUGAAAAGUUGCUGGAGGCAAGGGACCGUGAGGCAAAGCUGUCGUCAAAAAAACGGGAGGAUGCCAGGCGUGGAGCUAAGCCGGAUCAGGUGAAACCAGGUGACACUGUCAUCGUCGAACGUCCGUCACGGGCUAAAGGAGAAACUAGGUUCAACCCAAAGCGUUUCACUGUGAUGCAGGAGAGUAACGGAAGCUUGAUCCUCUGUGAUACGGAAGGCCAACAGCUGAAGCGCCACGUCUCGCAGACCAAAAAGGUUCAGCUGUGGCGAGAGACAUCAUCCGAAGCGGCCAGGGAUCACACGGAUUCCAAUGUUCCUGCCAGUGAUGGUGUUCGCGAGCGACCCAGCCGGAUGAAGCGACCUCCUUCACAUCUCUCCGAAUACGUUCGUGGAAUUGAAGAACUGUAG